CGCGAUUGUGCGUGGUGUCACGAGCGAGUCGUGUAGUAGACGGCGAUGCUCUUUUAAAAAGCGAGUUUCUUGCGAGUGAUAAGUCAAGUGCUGUCGGCCGAAGAAUAAAUAAUCGGAGUAUCCUGGAGGCAGGAGAUAAGGAGAAUGCUGUUGGUGGCUAGUACUGUGUUUUUCGGGUUGACCCUCGGUCUCUCCCACGCGAGCAUCUCAGCCCUCGAGUCGACACCGAGCUCCUUCAACAAUCAUGGAGCUCCACGAUUGGAUUUGGACAGUCCAGAAAGUGGAUACCAUGGCCUGGUGAAGGAAAACGAAACUUUGGUCGAGGUCACGCCACAAAUACGAGCUAUAGGUGCCAAAGUCUGCUCCUUCCGUAUAGCGAACAAGCACCAUGGCGAUGCACCCUUCGAGAUUGUUUUGAAAGAGAAAGGAAUGGCAGAGCUGAGGGCACUGAGAGUUCUAAACUGCGAGAAACGGCGUAACUACAAGUUCGAUAUCGAAGCUGUUGGCUGCAACGGAUCGCUAUCGGAAAACGCUACGGUGCAUAUUACCGUGGUGGACGUGAACGAAUAUGCACCACAGUUUCUGCAACCGGCCUAUGUCAGCACCGUGGACGAAGGUCGCCUAUACGAAGAAGUUGUCCGCGUGGAAGCAUCUGACAGAGAUUGCACCCCGAAAUUCGGUGACGUAUGCAAGUAUGAAAUUUUGACAGCUGACCAACCAUUCAUCAUCGACAAUGAAGGAGCGAUACGCAAUACCGAGCCAUUGGAUUACGAGCGAUCCCAUAACUACAUCUUGAGCGUGGUAGCGUAUGACUGUGGUAUGAAACAAUCUGCACCUGCUAUGGUUACCGUUAAAGUCAAUCGUGUAUGCGCCCCCGGUUGGAGAGGAAUUCCAGAAAGGGUUGACUAUGCCGCUGGCGUGGGUUCUCAACCUUUGCUUCCUUCCGCUAGGCUGGAUCUUUGCGACGCUCCCUGUAUAUUGCGUAAUGUUCGAGCCACCUUAACUCUUGCUACGGACCAUAUAGGGAAAGGUUGUGACCGUGACACAUACGGUGUACGCAGCCAACGUAAAUUAUGCGGCGCAUCUCGCGAUAGUGUAGAUUUAUUGCCAACUCCUGGGCCUACGACUUCCUGGACGGCAUCUUUGUCUCGAGACGAAGGCAGGGAAGCGGAUGAAAUCUUUGAAUUUGACGGCGUUGAUUCUGCUGCCAUUGUACCUAACGAUGUGCUGGAGCAUAGCCUGGCACAGAAAUUCACGGUCGGAGUUUGGGUGAAACACCGACCUCGACCAAGACAAGACCCUCAUGUUAAAGAACACAUCUUGUGCGCUGCCGAUGAUCACAAGAUGAAUAGACAUCAUUACGCCCUGUUUAUUAGAAACUGCAGACUGAUUUUGCUACUUAGACGUGAUUUCUCAGAGGGUGAUCCUAAUAUCUUCCGGCCUGCCGAGUGGCGUUGGAAACUUACUCAAGUGUGCGAUGAUAAGUGGCACCAUUACGCCGUUCAAGUCGACUUCCCCCACGUGACCUUAUUCGUUGAUGGAGAGGAAUGGCAUACGGACGAGAAGAAUCCGGAAGUGAUCGACGAUUGGCCUUUGCAUCCUGCGAAAGGCGUUAACACAACUCUCGUUGUUGGUGCAUGCUGGCAGGGUUCCGAUAAUAAAACGAAACAUCAUUUCCGUGGCUAUCUGGCUGGACUGUCCGUGCUAGUUGGACGAAACGAGAAACCAGACGUGUUGUCUUGCUUGCGUCGUUGCCAGGAAGGUAUUCAUGUGCCAUCGAUGGAUCUGCUUCAACCUGGAACCCAAUUGCUCACCAAUUGCGAUCUAACAGAGGUACGAAUCGACGGAGAUAAUCGCACUAACGUUGAGGCGCUUCUCCGUCGUAUUGGUUAUUCCAACUCCAGACGAUUUCCUACCCCGGGUCGCCGUAAUUUCCGUUUAGAAACAACGAUCGUUUGCGAAGGUAGCGAAGACAAUCCGCUCCCAGUACCAACUGUUCAAUCGUACGUCACUGUUCUACCACCACCUCGUCCAGGUAUAACUGUCAACGGGACCGGCUACGUGGCUAGGGAAUACGCAGAUUUUCGUCUAGGUGUACGCGUGUUCCCAGACACUCGUGUCACUGCCGGUUCCGCUGCCAGAUUGGAUGCAUGCGCGGUCAGUGUAUAUCCAAGUCUUAAUCCCGACCACGAGAGCUUAGGUUUACCCGGCGAUGCUCUGCGUAGAUUCCGUUCUAUCACUGCGCGUGUAGAUCGCGAUGGUGUUGUUCUCUCUGGCGCUGACACACCUUAUAACUACCAACAAUUGAUACGUCUCAUCAUGUAUACGAAUCGCAAGCCAGCUUACUAUCUUGAUCGUGUAUUCAAACUGACUUGCUCCGAGCUCAGCGGUCGAUUCGCUAGCAACGAAUACGUGCAAACUCUCGCUGUCAUUCAUCCGAAAGAGAAAACUACCGCUCUUCCCCAUUCUACUCCUGAUGAUCCACCAAUCGCCAGAAUUCUGGAACCAGCACCUGGACACGUGCAAUUGUCCCCUCAUCACGCAGAUUUGCCAGAAGAAUAUGCAACAGCCGCGCUUCGCGAAGGUAACAGAAGUAUCGGGAGUGCAAGCGGUAAUCACGCAGUUACGAUUGUCGCUGCAGCUUGUAUCUGUUUCUUGAUCUUAAUGGCGGUGAUUGGAGCAGCAAGAGUCAGGGGAGCCACGAAGAGACGACCAUCGGCUGGAGACGAGUUGGCUGCCGAAACUGAAAUGGCCUGGGACGAUUCUGCAUUGGCUAUUACCGUGAAUCCAAUGGAGAGGCUCACAGAACACGAUUCUCAUCACCAGAGCCAGAGAGACGACGAUGUCGAUGAUUCCGGAAGUUCAGAUUCAGAAGAUGGAUCGUACAGAGAUGACGAUUUAGAUAGUUCCGAUUGCGAGAAUGAUUGCGAGCUGAGCAAUGGCCGACAUCGCCGACACAAUUCACCUCAUGAUUUGGAAUGGGAUCAUCGUGAUGUUUAAACUACUAUUUCUCUGCAUUCACCAUCCCCUUUCUUCAUAUGGUGAUUAAGUGGAGUACUAACUCAUUGUUUGUCAUUAAUCCCUUCCAAAAAAUCAUUAUUAUUUCUUUUCUUAUGACGCUUCGUAAUGCAUAUAGAAUGAACGUUAUUCUAUAACGAGGUCUGGUAAAUUAUAAACUAUUCUAAUAUUUAUCACUUGGAACUUUUCGAACUUGAAUGCGUCUUUUAAAAGAACAUAUUAAUAUUUUCGAUAAUUAAUCUGAUAUUCCUAUGUAUAAAUACGAAAGCGUCGUAUUAUAUCCGUCCCCAUAGAUGAAGACAUAUUGGUAUCGUAAAAUGUUAAUACACACCACACUAGUUAGUACUCUCCUUAAAAGCCAGCAAAAUUUGUAAGAGAGUGCGGGACGCUUUAUCGAAUAGUUAAACUCUUUCUCUCUACAACACGGUUGAUGUUGAUAGAUGAAAGAUACACGUAAAAGAUACUUAAGUUUACUGGGAAAUUCUCGGUAAAUAUUGGAAAUAAUUAAUUUAUAUUUGACUCUCAUUACUGCUAAUAAUUAUUAUUAUUAUUAAUAUUAUUAUUAUUACUGCUAUUUUUAUUAUUACCAUCAUUAUUUUUAUUAUCAGUAGUGGUAGGACGAGGGAACUUUUUUAUACUCUUAAUUAUCUUCUCCUCCUUUUAUUCUAUUUUUAUUCUAUUCCACUAUUACUUGUUAUAAAUAUUUACUAACGCUAAUUACUAUAUUAUAUAUUGCUAUUAUAUUCAAUUAUGAUUUCCUUUGAUACACAGGACAGCCCGAUGACGUAAUCUGACUGUUAUCUAAUUGAACAUAUUACUCUUCCUUAUUUCUAACUUAACCCUUAACGCUCCGACUUUUAAUUGCGAAUAUCGACCGGCAACUCCAACUCCUUAUAGUUCGACUUGCAAGUUUUUAAGUGUCAGAUUUUAAAUGCUACAAUGACGUGUAAAUAAUAAUAUUAAAGUAAUUCAAAACAAUCUUUAUUCAUCUCAGAAGUAAUAUAAUUUUGAUUACGAUAUUUAUAUUAAUUAUAAUUGAGUAAUGUGUGGAAUUUUUUAAAACAUUCGCAUUACUUCCUUUUGUUGAGCAAACAACACACUUUCUUUUUCCCUUCCGGCAACUGAUUUAUUAUAUGAAGUUUCCCAACUAAACGUUGUUCCUUAUCUGUUCCGAAAGGCCUGCCAUACACAUUGUUAUUCCGAAAGUUACUUACGAGCUGACUUACUGAUAAUUUGACAAACUUACAGCGUGACAAAGCGCUUUCUCCUUUUCUUUCCUGAGAAGUCUUGCAAGGUAUAUAAGCUUUUAUUACGCUUGUUUCUAGUCCCCAAAAGAAGAAUUUCCGCCACCAUUUCAACGAUUUUCUCAGGCAACAAUAUGUUGAUGCAUAUUGAUCGGCUUCAUCUACACCAUCCAUAUUACUCGUAUAAUCUGUAAUCACAUUUGGUUUUGAAACUUCUUCGGUAGUACAAUUUCGUGAAAAUCUAAUUAUGACUCUUGACCCAAAGGUGUGGUACGUGCUCAACAUAGUGACAAUUCGCUUGUCUAUCCAAGCAAAAGGAGUAAAUAAUUUGAACGGCGCGUUGCAAUUGUAUUUGAAUUGAUAAAUUUCAGAUUAGAAAUUUCUUGUGAUAUGUGUUUGCGAUUUUUUUGUAUUGUACCUGUUAUGUGGCAAUUCAUGAUUAAACUUGUAUAUUAUCUAUCUGUGUAAACGUGAUAUCCUGCAUAGCUAGGAACGGAAUGUAACAAUUUGUUACACAGAUGUAAAACUAUUCGUCAUGAUAUUGGUAGAUCUGGUUUUAUAAGAUCUUGCGAUGCGAGUUUGCCAUAAUAUGGUAAAAUGCCAUAAACGAAUACGGAUUUUGCGUCGACCAGGACAAAUAUCCGUAUUCCCCAUUUAGUAGGUUUCUAUGGAUUGUAUGUUAUACAACUAAUCCUCCCCUUAACUUUCACAACAGCUUCGUCUAUAGAAACUUCUUUUCCGGGUACAAAAUACUCUCGGAAUUUCUCGUCCAAGUAUUCGAUGAAAUUGUUUACUUUUUGAACUCUCGUUCUGAUGUCUUGAGCUUUUGAAGCGUUCUCGUUCGAGUGUAACAUCCAAAAAAUGUACAAGAAACGCCUCCCAGUGAAGAUCCGCUUGUAGAUGCGAAAAUCAAAAUUGUCAUCGUCACUAUCUGUAUUUUCCUCACAAAGAUAAUUCAUUUUUCUUCUCGACAUAAUUAAUCAUCGGUAGUGCUUGAGAGGCACACUUGGAGCGUUAAGGGUUACUUUUUAACUCGAUAUUUGAUCUCAUAAGUAUAUAUAUAUAUAUCUAUAUAUUUUUUCCAUAACAAUCGAGUCUUUCAUAUUCGACUAAACUAAGUAUUUAAAAAUCGUGGAUGCCCAGUUUAUUAUUAGCAUGCUAUCAAUGAGAACAAACAAUAAAAAAAUAAUAUAUACAUAGAUAUAUAUUUCUAAUCGGUAGCACGUAAAAUCGGGCUGAGCCUAAAGCCAUCGUAUGAUACUUGCCCAAUUUUCCACUUUAUUUUUAAGUAAAAAAAAAAAGAAAAAAAGAAAAGGAAACAAAAACCUCUAAUAUAAUUUGCACAAUGUUCCUUCCUAAUCAAUUUACAAAAAGAAAAAAAGAAAACUCUUAGCUCUUAGUAAGGACAUUGCCGCGCAUCUUAUGAUAAUGCUUCACCAUUAAGUACGGUAUAAUAUCAUAUCCGUAUACAUGUGUGCGCAUGCAUAUAGAUUUGUAUGCAAUUUCAUUGCGUAUACAGACUGUAUGAAGUACACGUGUAUGUGCAUGAGGAGAGAAAAAAAGAAAACAUGUGUACUUACAUAUACAUACAGCGUCCGUUCAUUAUUCUGUGGUGAGGAGCGCCGUUCUCUACGGAAGAGGCAAUUUAUUCUUGGGGGAAAAUAAUGCGCAGCGAUUCGACCAGCAAGGGUAUCGUUUGUUAUUUUUUUAAAGGAUUAUCGUGCAAUCCUACUCGUUUCAUAGAGAAACUGAUUUUUAUGUGCCUUUACGCGACUAGUAUGUUGAAUUCUACUCUAUAUUUUAAUAGCGAACACUGGAACUGAUUUCCUAUCAGUAUAUCUCUCGCAUGUUAGACGUAUCUUGACGCUUGAGAACGUCUCGAAAGCAAACUGCUCUACUGUUGUUGUAUUUUAAAACAUUAACUGUUAUAAUGGCAUAUAGGUGUUAAGGGACAGACGCAAAGAAAAAUAUCGGCCAUUCCUUGAUGCACGAUCCGUCGCGUUCAUGAGAAAAAGAGAACCAUGUAACGAGGAACGUAAUCGAGUGUUAAACGGAAGUAUUCUGUAUUCUGUUAUUUGUAAUAGCGAACGAGCACGGUUCGUUUGUCAUUGAAUGCAUGCCACGUACGUGCAAUGAUCCGCAGGGUAUUAAUUAUCGACGAAUGAUCUCGUAAAUAACUGCGCAUUGAUACUCGCUACGAAGUAAUGAAAGGAUCUUGUGUAUGUAUUUGUGUAUUUAGAAUUAUACCGACCGAUCGAAUACUUAGUACUGAAAGUUUGUGUACGGAUAUCUAUAUUCAUAGAAACUAUAUGAACAAUUUAUUUUUCCAACGAGCAUAUCAUAUCAUUUUUAUAAGAGAUUUGUCAGAAGUUUGAAAACUUUUCGUAAAGAGCUCCUACAUAGCAACUCGCUAUCGUGACGUUACUUGCCAUAAUCGUGACUUGUUUCUCUCAUUUUUAUUUUCCAACGAAUUAAUUUUAUUUUUAACGGUUUGUCUAUUUUUUCACACGUCUUGGAUAAGGAUACGCGUGUUAUCUUUACGCGUUUCUUUCGUUUCAAAAACUCUGAUCGAGGAAGAAUAGAAUGGCGCGUCGAUUAAGUACUCAAAGUGAUGGCGGAAGAUAUAAAAGAAGAAAGAGAAAUAACAAUGAUCGACAGAAGCGAAACGGAGAAGAAAGUAAUACUGUUGUUAUUUUGUUUCACUUGAUUUUUUAUUUUUUAAGAGCGUACAUGCGACACACGUGUAUGCGCACUUCGGAUUUCCUCGCAAAUUCCGCGUGAAUAGGCGAACCACCAUGCCUCUCUCUAUUCUAAAUUUUAAAUCUCUCAUCUGAUUUACAAUCUCGGUUCGUAGUUGCCGGAACGCAAUUAUAUUAUUCUCAAGGAUAUCGAUCUAAACGCAUUUCACUUAUGUACGGUGUAAUAUUCGGGAAAAAAUAAUUCUAUUAGAAAAGAAUGAACUUCCUCUCUUUAUAUGGGAUUAUACAUUCUUUAUAUACACGAACACACGCUUGUCGGAUAUCAUCAGAUUUAUCGUGAAUCAUAAAAAAAGAGAAAGAAAAAAAUUUCGAUUGACCGAUUCCUUCUUCGAUCGCACAACACAGCGCCCCACAGACCCUUUCUUCAGUCUUUUACACGGCAUAAGUAUAAAAAAUCUGACAAUUGCACAAACGAGUAAAAAUGCUGGCUUUUGGAGCAUUAGGAGCGCGAGAAUUCGAAUCGCGGUGCAUUCUGUACCGGAAGUCGUUUUCGACGAAGGGUAUCUGUCGACGACUGAAGUACAGAAAGGGAGCAUUCUUUUGUUACCCGGUCUAACGAGCCAUUUGGAGCAAGAUGUAAUACGUAUGUGUAUAUCAGGAAGACUCGUUUUUCUCGGCUGCUAGCGAAGAGAUUCGUAAGAGAGAAGGACACCAUUGCAAACCUAACUAGGCGUGUAUACGCCUGCUCUAAAGAUGUACUUAAUUAUAUUAAUUAUAUUAUGGAGAGUAAGGGAAGAAAAAAGAGAAAAGAAAAGAAUGGAACUACGCAAAACAAAAACCAACUAGAUGAUACUAUUAUAUAAUAUAUAUUAUACAUAAAAAUAUAUCUAAGCUGUUUGCAAAUGAUGAUUUAAGAGAUGAAAGGAAAAAGAGAGAAAAGAAAAACGAAAAACCAGAGGGAAGAAGGUAUGAAUUUGUAAUGUAUUAUUGUAUUUUGUAGGCAGCUAGUGUACGUAUACAUAUGCACAUGUAUCCGUGUAUGUAUGUUUACGUAUAUAAAUAUACAUACUCUUCGACAUUUACACGUACCGUUCGCCUAAAUAGUCUGCAGAAUAUUUUCAAUUCAACAUCGGUCCAAGGUGAAACAAUUCAGGAGUAUACUGUUCGCGAUCGUAUGAAUCAAGUGUGACACUUUAAAAAGCCCGCGAAUUUUUGUGUUCCUGAAUAGCGAAACGCUUGAUCCGAAUUUGUUAGAGCACUUGGGCGCACGGCAGAUAACACACGCUCUCGCCUCUAAUUCGUAUACAAACAUAAGUACUGUAUACUCUCGAUGGAAGAAGAAGGAAAAAAGGCCACAGAAAUUGCGUGCAUAGGUACGUGUCUGUCACGUAAUUGAAACACUUCAACGUUCAAUAAAAUACAGAAAAGGAUAAAAAGAGAUAAAGUAAUACCAAUCCUACGGUAACGUUGUAAUGAAUUAAAUAAUCAACUAUACCGACUAUAUAGCUAGGCCGUAAGGGAUGACACGUUACGGACCGACUAAAUUCCCUCCCGUCGCAGAUUGAUUGUGUGUUAACUAAUAAGGAUAAGUAACGAUAUAGUACCGUUAAGGAAUUUAAUUAUUAAUACUGAUACUAUAUGUACGCUAAGCACAGUUUCAAAGUCAUUAAGUGACGUGAAGUACAGCUAAGGCGAGAAAGGAUUGUAACACAAGUCUUAAUUUAAACAUGUGACACACUGAGUUACUCGGCGCGUCUGCACGCGACGCACAGAAACGUCAAAUUACCUUGUUAUCCUGCAACUGAGAAUCGUUCGACAAGAGAAAUAUUAGCAAUAGUAUUGUACACAGAGAAACAUACACAUCUGCGUACAUACGUAUAUACACGUCAUACACAUUUACACACCAACAUACACACAUACAUACACAUAUACACAGAGUACAUACAGAAUACACACGCGCGGCCGCAUAUACACGCUGCACAGGCUAGGAAAAUGAAAUACUAUCUAUAACGACAUAUUAUAAAUAAUAUUAAGACGUCAACUGUAUUUGUUUAAUAAAGAUGUACAUUCGAAAA